UUUUACCAUGAUAUAUCAACACAGGCUGUCGUACUUCCCCGCCCCUUGAACGUAGCAGCACAAUCACACGGGGACCGACUGUUUCUGCGUGAUGGUGACAUUUCCGACAGUCGCUGAAUGCAGCAUCAGCUUCAUCCAGGCGAGCAUCUGUAGUAACGUUACAGUUGUUCAGUAGAGAGGAGGAGGAGGGCCGACCCACCCGUGGCAGAACCGGCAUACUUGGUUGAUGGUGCAACUUAACCGUCGGUUAAUGCUGCUCUGGACUGUCGAAAUUUGGUGAACAACAGCAACAACAACAGGUAAGCAAACAAGAGUGCUGACAUCUUUGUAGUGCGUUGCCAUGGAACAUGAACGCCUCUUUCUGAGAGCGGCGGCCGUUGGUGUCCAUAAUGGGCAGGGUGCGCGGCUAGCCUGCACUAGCAGCAGCUAGCAGUCAUUUUCACACCGACUGCAGCUUAUAUUUCACAUAAUUAGCUCAAAUGACAGUCAUUUUGCUUUCGGCUCUAUCGUCAUAAGAGCAAAUAUUAGCGUACAAAUAAUACAAAAUUCGUUUAAGGGUUUAUAUGUGAGAUUUAUCAUUGUUAUCACUGCUGAAUCAAUUGUCAACGUUGUCAAAGCCAAAACAGGACGUGUAUUGAUAAACAGUAGAACUGUAUGUGCAAGCCAGCUAUCAUAUGUGUACAACUGCAUGAUAGUCUUUACGUUUGCUAAGGCUGCUGAUUUACUUGUGUUAAUAACCAACGAGAAAGUCCCUGGAUUUACUGACGCUUUUUGGCAUGUAUGGAUGUGAGGAGCUUUGCCACUCAUUGUAUGGGACAGCUUGUGUUAGAAUGGCCAAGUCAAAGUCCAGACCUAAAUCCCAAAGAGCAUCUGUGGUAAGACUUGAAAAUUGCUGUUCACAGACGCUCUCCAUCCAAUCUGGCUGAGUUUGAGCUAUUUUGCAAAGAAGAAUGGGCAAAAAUUUCAGUCUCUUGAUGUUCAAAGCUAAUAAGAAUAAGAAUAACUUUAUUAAUCCCAGAAGGGAAAUUCAGUUGUCUGUUGUCUCACAUAAUAAUAUGUCUCCUAAAAAGUUAUCUACUGUUUACACAAGAGUUAUAAAGUCUAAUGGCUGUUGGUACAAAAGAUCUUCCGAAUCUUUCUGUCCUGCAGUGAAGAGAGAGGAGCCGUCCACCACCAUUAACCCUUAGGUCCAUCAAGGUGUUGUGAAGUGGGUGAUCCAUGCUCUUUAGAAUAGACUCCACCUUCCUCAGUGUAGAUCUCUCCAUCACAUCCUCCACUGAGUCCAGCUUGAGUCCUACCACAGAGCCAGCCUUUAGUAGAGACAUACCCCAAAAGACUUGCAGCUGUAAUUGCAGUGAGAGGUGGCUCUACAAAGUAAUAAUAUCUUUAAUAAUAAUAAUAACUUUAUUUGUAUAGCACUUUUACAAAACAGAUGUUUACAAAGUGCUUUGACAUGUAGUCGUAAAGCACAUGGAAAAGACAAAUAAAAACAAAAAGCUCAGUAAAAACGGAAUUGAAGGCCAUUUUCAUAUGUCAUGAGGAACCCAGACAAUACAAGAACCAUGCAACAUAAAAUGAGACCAUGAGGACCAAAAUAAAAACAUAAAAUAGUUUAAAAAAAGGAAAAUGCAAUUAAAGGGAGGACGUAAGCAUUGACACAGGGGGGCUGAAUACAAAGGCACACCACACUUUUCAGAUUUGUAUUUGUUUAAAGUUUUGAAAACCAUGAAUCAUUUUCGUUACCAUUCACAAUUAUGUGCUACUUUGUGUUGAUCUAUGACAAAAAAUCUCAAUAAAAUACUUUUAAGUUUGUGGUUGUAGAGUGACAAAAUGAGAAAAAUUUCAAGGGGCGUGAAUACUUUUUCAAGGCACUAUAAGUAAAGGCCAUAUACAUAUGUCAUUUAAAGAGCAAACAUUACCAAACGCUUUGCAAUAAAAAGGCAAAACUCAGAGAUUGGGAAGAAAAAACUAAUUGGAAAAAAAGGCUCAUCAAUUGCCAGUUGAAAACAGUUUCAAAGUUUAAGAGCUUCCACCUCAAAACCACAGCCUCCUUCAAUUUGAAAUCUGGUGUGAGUCUGAUCUGAAGACCUCUCGGGUUCUGCUGGAGUUUUCUGGCUUCAGCAGCUAUUUGACAGAAGCAGGUGCUUGAACCAAUGCUAAGACGUGAAGAGGGGGGUCACAUGAAGCAGCAGUAUCUUAAACAGCUAGUUCAAAGAAGGUGAAGAGAGAGCUAGGAGUAAUCUAGUCGAUGUUUGAGGCUUCUCUAAGCUAUAACUCUGCUGAGAAACAGUCUGAACUUUAUAUUUUUCAGAUAAAUUAGGAUGAGUAUAGCUAUUGUAAACAUACACAAAUGAUACUGCACUGAUUGGAAACUCUAGGUUGGUAUGCAGUAGAAGAGUAAAGAUGCAGUAUGAAUAAGGUUGAUUUAAGGUCUUGUCUGUGUCCCAAUCAGAAAUGUCUCUGUUAAGCUCUGUGUUUGUUUAGCAUUCUUCUCAUAGUGCAAAAAAAAACAUUCAUAGGGUUGAAUCAUUCAGUUCACCUAAAAAGAGAUUGAUAGUAAAUUUUAGAAGCUAAUCUUUUAUAGUAAACUUCUUUUGUGUAAUCAGCUGUGUUUUGUCUGUGUUAGCAUACAAAGAAAGGAGCUUUUGUAUUCUGUUCAGUGCAGGCUAAGCCCAAGGAGCACAAAGUCAGCAUGAGUGUGAUAAGGUUAAUAGUGUGUGUAGGCUUUUUAAUCACACAUUAAGAGCAGACGUGGCCUCAGUGGUGCUACAGUCCAGUCAUGUCAGAGUGACUAAACCUCGGGGCAUUAUCCGUAGCCUAUUUGUGGAGGAAAAUCAAUUCCCUUUGUGAGGAGAAGGCUGUUCUUGCAUUAAACAUUAACAAAAUACCCAGUCAUAUCAGCAGCCAGUCAGCACUUUUUGAUCACAUUAAAGCCGAUUUUGCGUUUGAGAGAACUCUGAAAUAAUGUUUCUCUUCUUUAUGAGCUUCUCUCAGAACUGCUCAUGGAUGAGAUGGAUGUGUUUCACAGAGGCACACACGUACAAAAUUAUGCAAUUCAUCAUCAGUUUGAUGAAUCAUCUGUGAGUCCCUUCACAGAGCUCAGUUUCCUAUCAGCCACUGCAGAUCAGUUUCACUGUUCUGAAUUAUGAUCACUUUUUCUCACAUUUCUCUCUGCAUUGGCUGUUUGCAUUGUUCUUCUCUGUUUAUUUAUCAUUAUCAGCUUUCAUGCAGCACUCACUGUCCUGCGACUAAGUGGGUCAUUUUGUGCUAUAAAAGCAGAUGUUCAGAUGUUCAGACCCGGGUGCCCUCUGUGGCCCUUUUUUUCCUUCUGGGUGCAUAAAUAUCACAGCUGUUGAUUUGGUCGCAUUUUCUCUGAGUUUAAAGAGAACAAAUAAAGAUCCUUUGCCAUGCUUUAGAUCGUUUACAUUCAUUAUAACUUCAAUAACAGUUUGACUUGAGGCUAAUCCUGUUUGUUUAUACUCACAAUAAAAUACCCCAGACAUUUAAACAAGCUUGUUUGUCCAUGUGAGCAUGGCUGCUUUUAGCUGUUAGCAAAUGUUAGUCCUUUAGGAAUAGAAGUAUUUGCACAUGGAUUAUGUGUGCACCUGAGGUAAUACUCGUUACAUCAUGUUUAUGUGUCAAGGAUGUUUGAGGUUUGACACUUGCCUCCAGGUUGUUUGCUGACUCUUUGAAUUCACAGGUUAUAUUUCCUCUCUUUUUGCCUUGUCACUCUUUCUGCCUCCGCUCUCCUCGCUGUGCACAGUCGUCAUGGCGGAAGCCCACCAGGCCGUGGCCUUCCAGUUCACGGUCACCUCGGAGGGCAUCGAUCUGCAGCUGUCCCAUCAGGCCCUCACUGAGAUCUACCUCUCAGGUGUGCGCUCAUGGAAAAAACGCAUCAUCCGACUUAAGGUAUAUCUUCUUUGGCUGUCAAACUCCUGUUCUGCUGUGAAGUUUGUUUAUACUUAGCCUUUGUCUCUGUCCCAAAACUGUCUAUAAAAAUCUCUGUCAUCCUGACUGGGUGCCUCUCUCGCUCUCCUGGUUUGCACUGCUCUUUCUCCUUCUUCUCACUGCAUGUCAGCACUUGCAUUUGAAUCAGAGCAGCACACAGAGGAAUAUUUUAAGUAUUUUGUUCAAUCAGCUUUUAUUUUUGUUCUUCUCAGUUGGCAGAUUUGAUGCAGGUUUUUGUUUUAAGCAGAGCUCUCAUUAAAAGACAAAAAUGACAGCCUGCUCUCAUUGAGUGUAUCCCCAUUGUUAAGCAUGCAAUUGAUCAAUAGUAAGGAGUGUUGCGCUUUAUGGUGCGUUUUCCCCCCUCGUGCUUUUAAAGCGAUGCUUGAUGUGUGAUCGUGCCUUUGCUGUCGCAGCUCCUAAACUUUGGAAUAACCUGCCUCGGCACAUCAGACAGGCCUCCUCUUUGCCUGUUUUUAAAUUCCGUCUUAAGACCCACCUCUUCUCCUUGGCUUUUAACACCCAGUAGGAGGUUGACUUCAUUUAUUUUAUUUUAUUGAUUUUAUUUAUUGUGUUUGUUUUUAUUUGAUUGUACUGUGUUUUCUCUCAUUUUAUUUUUACCUUAUCUAUUGUGCUUCCGUUGUGUUAUUUAUUGUAUUUUUAUCUUGCUGUGCAGCACUUUGGAAACUUUGCGUUUGCUUAAAUCGUGCUGUAUAAUAAAAUGGAUUGGAUUGGAUAAAGUCAGUCAUACAUUCUUAACUGCAUGUUCAUUGUUUUUUUGUUUUUUAAUCCCGUCUUACACAGGGCAAAUUAAGGUUAUGCAUCUAGCCAUCACUGUGCAUGACAGGAAGAAUGGGCUUUACAACCAGUCUGCUCUUUUUUUUCUUCUUCAUUCAUACAGAACAGUGUGAUGACAGGAGUCUAUCCUUCCAGUCCAUCCUCCUGGCUGUUUGUGGUCAUAGCAGUACUGGCUACCAUGUACACUCGCUCUGACCCCUCCAUGGGACUCAUCGCCAAAAUACAAGAGCACCUGCCUGUCAGGUAACAUGAACGACGAGCCUGUGAAAUGGCUGAAGUCGAAUGAUAAUGUCAUGAUUCACACAAAGAGAUCUUUAAAGAUGUUUAAUGAGGUUCACAUAGUCCCUCUUAUUUCCCUUCCUUUGUUUCUGCUUUAUUUAAAUGACUCGAUAUUACAAUACAACUGUGAAACAGCCAGAUCUUGAAAUACUUGAAAUAAGUGUUGGUUUCUUCUCAUUGAUCCGCAUUUGUGCUUUCUGUUUUCCUCAAUUUUGUUCCUUCCAUUUCUUUUUUUUUUUCAAAGUUUUUUAUUUGUUUCACUCACUGUUGUUUUCUCCCCCUCUUUCCCCUUUUACAUCCCUCCCUCUGCUUCAACCAUUUACAGCCAGUCCAUGAGCACUCAGUGCCAGGCGUUGGUGUCAGCGGUGGUCUUCAGCACAAUGCUUUGGCUCCUCCUCAUCCUCACCAUGCGUUUGUGCCUCAAGCAGCUCCUCUCCUACCACCGCUGGAUGUUCGAGCAGCACGGCAAGAUGUCCAACACAACCAAAGUCUGGGUGGUCAGUGUUGUUUCUCACAAUUUUGUUAUUUAAUUCUCCCCCUAGUCUCUUUUCUUUUAGAAUUAAUCCUCAACUUUGAGUUGACUUGUGGAUGGUAAAAGCUGAAAUACUGAGCCCUUUGUAUGUCCUCACCUUAGUACGCUGACUGUGUGUCUCUGCCAGGCGCUGGUGCGGAUCUUUUCUGGCAGGAAGCCUCUGCUCUACAGCUACCAGGGGUCUCUGCCAAACCUGCCUGUGCCGGCCAUCAAGGACACUGUGAAGAGGGUGAGACGUCACAGAAAGCAAAGGAAAUGACAACACGCUGAGAUCUGACCACAAAACAGAUGGAUAGUUUUCUCACAUUCAUCCUUUUUCUGCCUCUUUUGCUGCGAAAUUUCCACCUUUUAUUGUCAGACUUUUAGUUUAAAAAAAAAAAUGUUUUCAAUGUAUUUUGCUGCAUUAAAAUGCAUAAUACCAACCAUUUUAGCUUCAGCUUUUUGGCAUGAGGCUUUUAAUGUUGUGUCUGUAGAAUCAGAUGUAGCACUAGUGGUAGGAGACACAUCUACUUCUCCGACUGUGGGCGUUAAUUUAUGCAAAUUUAUUGGUGAUGAACCUUUCUCUUUGUUUCUCUGUUAAGUAGAGUAUUGCUAAUGCACACAUUUAGAGGACUGCUGUAAUGCUCCUCUUCCUGGUCUACCAAAGAAUGCAAUAAACCAGCUGCAAUCAAUUCAAAAUGUUGUAGCAUGAGUGCUGACAAAGACCGGGAGAAGAACACACAUUUCCCAAAAUUUCAGAUCUUCACUCUAGCUGUGUGUUAGUUUUGUAUUGAUUAUAAAAUUAAUAUAUUGUUCAACCUACUGAUAUCUUAUUGCUGUUGGUGUAUUAGUCUCUACUUCUGAACCCACUUCUGUGGGUUUUUUUUUUGUCAUUUUAUGAGUCUUUGUUGUUUUCUAUGAAAUGUCUAAGAAGGUGCUUGGAUUUAUUGACAUUCUUUAACCACUAGAGGCUUCUCUAACAUUGCUUAAUUGAUUCUGAUUCUUUUUUCAGUACUUGGAAUCUGUGCGUCCGCUAAUGGACGACCAAAAGUACGAACGUAUGACCCAGCUAGCGGCAGAGUUCGAGAGCAGCCUGGGUAACCGCCUGCAGUGGUACCUCAAACUCAAAGCUCUGUGGGCCUCUAACUAUGUAAGUGGUCGACCCACAGCGUCCUAGCUACAUGUGUCACUCAUAAACCCAAAGCAAAGCAGUUAGAUGGAAAUCUAAAAUUCCAUUAACAAUGUAUUUCUUUGUGGGGUUGUGUGGUUUGAAUAAUUUAUCCUGUCUGAAUAUGUUAGUGAUUUGAGUGCCAUUUGGCUGCAGUGUUCGCUUCCUCUCUAAGUGUUGUACAUGUGUGUGUUUAAUUCUUUAGGUAAGCGACUGGUGGGAACAAUAUGUGUACUUGCGUGGACGGGGCCCAAUUAUGGUCAACAGUAACUAUUAUGGCAUGGUAUGAGAAUGAUUUGAUUUGCUGCUGCUUAUACAUCAGACUGACUAUGUUAAAUGUUCAGUUUGAUUGAUGAUCUCUGAUGUUUCUCCUCCUCUUCUCUCCUCAGGACUUCUUGCAUGUGACUCCCACUCCCAUCCAGGCAGCUCGGGCUGGAAACACCAUUCAUGGUUUCUUCUUAUACCGCCGCAAACUCAACAAAGAAGAGCUUCAGCCGGUGAGUUCACCUGCCAAACAGCCCAUGUGCUCCUUUUGAAAACAGAGGUGUUCAUCAUUCACAUCUCUUUGCCAUGGCAACGGAACACUCCAAGAAUCAAUGUGUCGCAUUUUUAGACAAUAUUUCACCAGUUCAGCCUCCAAAUGUGACUCUCCUGAAAUGAAUCACGGUUGUAAUGUGUGCUUGUGUUAAGGUUUGCGAGCAUCAUUCAUCCAUCCCUGUUUGUGUGCCAUAACUGUUUAUGAUGGUUAGCAUGUGUGUCACCUGUUUUUCAGUUUCCCUUGUGUUCUCAUACCAUUCUCACCUCUCAUCCUUUUUUAUCUCUUGCUUGUUUCAUCUUUUUUUUCCACCUUUGUUUCCUCUUCCACAAACAUCUUUUUUUUCCCCUUUUACUCUCCAUUUCCUUCACUUCUCUCCUCUGUUCUCCCACCUUCACCUUUGUCCUUCCCAGAUUCUUGUCCCCGGCAUUUCCAUUCCUCUGUGUUCAGCUCAGUGUGAGCGGCUGUUCAACACCACACGCAUACCUGGAGUGGAGACGGGUAAAGAGACUGACCUGUACACACAGUAGAGAGCUCUGUGAAAGACAGUGAGCCUGUUUUGUCUGAGUCAUAAAACAGCUGCUGUACAGCACAUCCUGCCUCGCUCAUCCACCUCUGCUCGCCUUCUCCUUUCCAUCAGGGCUGUCUGGGUGUCUAGAAAGAGUCUGUUUCUAAGUAAUUCCUGUUUUCUUCUGCCCACGCAAUUUUAUUCUCAUCUCCUCUUCUCUCUCCUUCUUGGUUUUCUUUCUAUUUCAUCCCAACACUCUGCUCCCUUUUUUAUCAUCCUUUUUUUUCUGUUUCUUUCUUUCUUUCCCCUUAUUUUGUUUCGCUCUGGUCCAUCCUACUUUUUCCUGCUCAGUUAUUGAUGAGGUCUGCAGUUCCUUGCUGUUCCUAUCAGUUUGAGCGGAUGUUUGAUACUUGUCGAAUCCCUGGGACACUGACAGGUAGUUUUUGUUUUUAUAAAACUCUCAGUCAUUGUUCAAAAUCUUAAUUUUUCAAACCAGUUUGGUAAAACUGGAAAUGUGUGCAGAGUAUAUUUAUAUCAUUAGUUUGAUUAAGCUCAUGAAUAGUAGGAUACAUCCCUUCUAUAGACCUCCAGACUUAUUCGUUGGACGAGAUAGACCAGGCUGACCUAAAACUGUCCAUUAGAGUUUUAUUGUUAAAGGAGAAUCCAUCAUUCAUUCAGCUUUUUAGACAAUUUAUUGAGUAGAGUCAGAUCACAGAAUCUCCCUGUCAUCUAUUCCAGCAGCAGGAGCUGCUUUGUUUCACAGCGUGUAAGGGAACAAAGACUCUAACACUUGAACUAGAAACUCAAACCUAUAUACCCCAGAAAAAAUUGUGCAGCUAGCAGUUCUUGAAUUUCUCAAGGUCUUUAUGAGCCCCCUUUUGACCAUUAAACACAUUAGAUGGUCAUUAAAGACAACCGCUCUGUAAUUCCAGGCUGUUAAAUGAUGACCCACCUUUUACUUUAUCUCUGUGCUGAACAAUUAAAACAGGCUCUUAUGUUUUUACUGAGCAAAGGUAUGUGUUCCUCUUUAGGUGCCGCAUUCCUUUGAUAGGCAGUGUAACAAAAAACAUUAUGUCUUUAGCAACUGAAAACUAAGUGGAAUCUAUUAACACUCAGAGACAUUAAAAACCUCUGCUGUUAUACCCAUAUUUAACCUAUAAUGCUUAGAGCGAAUGCAGUCUAUGCUUGAGGUCGAUCAGUAACGUUACUGCACCACGAUGGGAAUGAAGAGCCUUAAUCUCAACUCUUAUUAUCAUGUUAAGCUGUGAUUUAAGAAAUGUUCAAAUAACUAAAUGCUUCAAGCAAAAAAUAUAUAUAUAAAGAGAGAGAGAGAAAUUUCAAGCUUUUUCCAUUUUGUUAAAAAAAAAGUGAAUGAUUUUGGUAAUCCUCCUCUGAUUUUAUUCAAAGCCUGUAUAUUCACACAGUUCGGCAGAUGACAUCCUUAUCUCUGAUGUCUUAAGCUGGCAUGUUCAUUGAAUUAGUACAUAAUAUGUUCAUACUUUUGUAACACACUUUCUUUUUGUGUGUGUGUGUGUGUGUGUGUGUGUGUGUGAAGACACGGUCCAGCACUGGCAGGACAGCGACUACGUAGCAGUUUACCACAGAGGGCGCUACUUUCGCCUCAAGGUGUACCAGGCAGGCAGACUCCUGUGCCCCAGAGAGAUUGAAUUCCAGAUCCAGAGGAUCCUUGAUGACCCAUCACCGCCCUGCCAAGGCGAGGUCUAUCUGGGGGCUAUGACUGCUGGAGACAGGUCAGUUUAACAAACCAGCACAUGUCAGUUUUAAAGACUUAUUAUGUGUCCUGAUGUUGUUUAAUGAUCUCUAUUUCCUGAAAUGUAUUUCCUAGAAUCCCAUGGGCAAACACCAGGACAAAAUAUUUCAGCAGUGGAGUCAACAAACGGUCUCUGGACUGCAUUGAGAAAGCCGCCUUCUUCGUAACCCUGGAUGAUGAUGAACAGGGCAUGAUGGGAGAGGACCCAGUAGCUAGCUUAGACCGUUAUGCUAAAUCCUUGUUACAUGGCAAAUGUUAUGACAGGUAACUUACUGCUUAACCGAACAUGUCAAUAUGGAACUGUUGAACUUGUAUUUGAGGUUGUUGAAGUGGUGUAAUAAUCUCCGUCCUCCUGCAGAUGGUUUGACAAGUCAUUCUCAGUGGUUUACUUUAAGAACGGAAAGACCGGAGUAAAUGGAGAGCACUCAUGGGCUGACGCACCUGUGUUGGCACACUUGUGGGAGGUACAGACCUGAAAAAAAUGUCGCUCACUGGUAUUUGUGUUCUGAGAAGAACCUUCUCUAAAAAAAGGAUUGUGUAUUCCCAGAGCACGCUGGCCACUGACGUCUUCCAGCUUGGUUACAAUGCAGAGGGUCACUGCAAAGGUGAUAUAGAUUCAUCCUUACUACGACCACAGAAACUAGAGUGGGAGAUCCCUCCAGAGGUAAGUUAUCCACAUUCAAACAUUUCCCUGAGCACCUCUACGUCUUUUGCAUCAUAUCUCAUAUCUGAUCAUAUUUCAGUGCUGACAGUAAACACGUAAGAAAACUGCCAUUAUUCUGAUUUUCAACAAAUACUUUAGCACAUAAGCAGUUUUUGUUAGUUUUGUUGUUUAUGUUGAGAGACAGCAGCAUCAAUACUCUUUUAAUGCGUUUAAUGACAAUGUUGAGCAACGUCAAAAUGUGGGGAAACAGAAGGUCGUAGAUAAGCUAAUCAAUAGAGGUGGGAGAAAAACUCAAUUCACAUAAGUAUCAUGAUUUUUUGUUUUACAAUUUUUAAAUCGAUUUUUUUGCUUCAAAACCUUUUUUUUUUUUUUUUUUUCAAAUUUAAGAAUAAAUCUUAUGUGAUGUGUAUUUUUGGGGAAAUAUGGUUCCUGGAAUAGUCAGUAGACAAUCAUAAUCAUGCAGCGGUUUCACUGGUGUUAAAAAUGCAGACUAAAAAUCGAGAAAAUUGACGAUAUCGUGGAAUCACAAUUUAAAUCGAAUCGGCAUCCAAAAAAACGUACACGAAUUAAAUCGGGGAAAAAAAGCAUAUCGUUCCAGCCCUACUAAUCAAUUUUCGAAAUAUGCAGGUUUUUUAACGGCAAUGAUAAGAAUUUACUGGAUCAAUAUCAAGCUCUUUUUUUUUUGGCUAAAUAUGAUUAUAACAGGAGUAUAUAAUUAGCCUAGCUUAGCAUAAAUAUAGAGCAGGAGCAUGGCUUUAUCCAGAGGUCAAAAUUUAAACUAAUGUUUAGUUAUCUGUCAACUUGUCAAAGAUACAAAAACUAGAUACCAUUUUUUUCUUUAAGAUUCCAUCUGUCAUCUGUGCUGGUUUACAUCCAGGCAACAUCGCAUUAUAACAUUCAGACUGUAGCCACUAAUCCAAGGUAGAGUCCGGACUAGUUGCAGGUGGCCCAACUACAGCUUAGCCUGGUGUAAAAAUAGAAAUAAUUUGUUGAACUGUCUCAUAAUUCUGGUGCUGACUAGCAAAGGGGGACAAUGUUUAAUAAUUUAUUUGAUGAGUUGCACAAAUUCCCACAUGCAGUCUCUGGCUUAAUGGUGUCUACACACGAGAGUUCAACUUUGAGAAACACUCGGCAAGAAACAGAAAAUGAAUUCGUAAAAAUAAGUUUCGGCUCUAACAUACAUUUUACUCUGACCUAAAAACAUAAGGCAUGGCGUUUAUUUUAUGGAACAACAGUGCAGUGGUUUGAGGUGCCCAGGUCAGGUUGAAGUAAAUCAUUUUGGUGUGUUUGUUUCAGUGCGAGGAGCAGAUUACUAAAUCUCUAGAAGUGGCCCAGGCCCUGGCUGACGAUCUGGACUUCCACGUUUUCGUCUUCAGAGACUUUGGCAAAGGGAAGAUCAAGAAGUGCAAAGUCAGUCCAGAUGCCUUCAUUCAGAUUGCUCUUCAGCUAGCUUACUACAGGGUGAGUCUACCUCUUAAAUAUAAGGCAGUACAUUACAUUCAUGCAUUGCAUUGAGGAAGGCUGUCUGUCUGUGUACAGAUCAUUUUGACAUGUUUAGGGGCUCAGUGUUUUCCACCGCGUUGAGUUUGUUUUCUGUAUUCCAGUACCGUGGGACAUUUUGUUUGACAUACGAAGCCUCCAUGACCCGUCUGUUCAGGGAGGGCAGGACUGAGACAGUUCGAUCCUGCACCAAUGAGACCAGUGCCUUCGUACGAGCGCUGGAGGGUGGAGAGGUGAGUCCGUGACAGCAGGCUUGUGAAGGGAAAGAGACACAGGCAGGUGCAGUGAGCAGAGGUGUGAGUCGGUGCAAAUAGUGGUGUAAGUUUUGGAGGAAGGAGAGCAAGUUAAAAUUGUUUCGCUAACACGCUGAAUCAUGAGUGAUAAAUUAGAGUUGAAAAGAGGAGUAAAACCAGUGAUAUAAUAUUUGCAGGACACAACUCCUCCUGUCUUAUGACCCUUCAAGAGUUUCAAUAACAGCCAUAUGUAAACUGGAUUUAGAGUGUUUCCACUACGUCAUCUCUGUUCUCACCUCCUGAUUUUAAUGCAUUUAAAGCUCCUGCCUGCCUAAUUACUUACACCAGGGGCUUAGAGAAAAGGUUGUUUCAAGGCCGUAAGAUUAUACCGACUUCAAAUUAAUUUAACUACAUGAGGACAGGGUUUCACACGUCAUUUAAGUCCUCUGCAGAAGCAGAAUCUUCCUAAGACUCAUUAUAAGAUAUACAGUAUUAUUCAACACACUCUACUGGUUUUUGAUGUAUGUCAUAUCCCAUGUUUACUCUCCACCAGGCAGCAGAUGUGUGCAGGCGUUUGUUCCGCGCAGCAUCUGAAAAGCACCAACACCUCUACCGCAUGGCGAUGACCGGAGGAGGUAUCGACAGACACCUCUUCUGUCUCUACGUGGUGUCCAAGUACCUGGGAGUAGAGUCUCCUUUCUUAAAAGAGGUGGAAUAUCUUUUUUUUUCACUCUGUUUGCAUUUAUUCAUUUACUUCUGUCAAAAAGCCCAAAAAGCAGAGGCUGCAGCAAACUGAUGCCGUGACUUCUUGUGUGUACUCCAGGUGUUGUCAGAGCCCUGGCGGCUGUCCACCAGUCAGACUGCCAUGCAGGUGCAGAUGUUUGACUUAGUUAACCAUCCAGAGUACAUCUCCUGUGGAGGGGGCUUUGGACCGGUCAGUGCUCUCUUGUGUCUCUGCAUUCAGACUGUCAUUUAGCAGCCAUGAUUAUAAAUGCUGCCUGUUCCUCUUCCAGGUGGCUGAUGAUGGUUACGGGGUUUCCUACAGUAUUUGCGGAGAGAACAGGAUUAACUUCCACCUCUCCUGCAAGCACUCAUGUCCAGACACGGUGGGUCUAUAAAUUUUAUUUUAUUUGUCAAGUUUUAUAUUUUCAAAAUUCAAGAAAAAUAGAUUGUUUCUUCUGGAAACUGUUGACUAUAUUGCAUUCCCACAAGCAAUGAAAAAGGUGUAAAUAAAGAUAUUAAUGCUACCUUGCAUGAGAAAAGUGUCUUAUUUAAACAUGAAUUUCUUCAUUCUUCUUCCAGGAUGCUCAUGAGUUUGGUGCUGAGAUCCAGAAAGCUCUACACGAUCUGUUAAAACUGCUGAGCCCUCACCAAAAUGAGUCCAACAAGACGGAGGAGAAACCUUCAGAGGUCAAGAAAGACCUGUAGGGGGUCACUCAGGGAAAGAGGAUGCUGAAGGGAAGUUGUGCAAACCUGGAGUUAGGAAAGACAAAUUUUUUCCAUCAUGCAUUAGGAGAACUUGAAGCCUGCCACAUGAUAUUACAGGGAUGGCUUCACAAGGAAUCAGAUGAAAUAGAGGUAACUUUUUUAACGGAGCCGCAUCUGUCUUUGUGUUUGUUUCUUAACUGUGAGAAAGGUGUGUGAGAAGGAAGGUCCAUAGAAAUAAUAAAUGAUGAAUAAUGAUUUAUGUAGGAGCCAGCUUCUGCAGAUCCAAGAAAAAUAAUUAUCCUAAAAGUCAUUUUUAGGGAAGGUUAGUGAAAAGAAUGGCAUAGUUUUGCAAAACAUUUUGGUACACUACAGAAAGGAGUGUAAAAAAGUUUGUCAUUGUGAGAUACUGAGCAGAGUUUUAUCCAACAAGAUAAAUCCAAGAUAAGUUUGGGAAAUAUUUUCAUGAUUUUGCAUCGCGACAGUAUUAUUUUGACAUGCCAAGUCAUUUCUUGAAAAUGGUUAAAUUUUAAAACAGAUUAUCAUAAAUUCUUGGUCAUUUUUUUGUAAAAGAUUUUCAUGAUUUUUAGAUCACUUUUUAUUUUCAUUUAAAACAUAAUCAUGACACCCUGUUUUUUAAACAGCAGAGGACACUAUCUGCCUUUGACUUCUCUGUCUCUCCAUUUCUUCUCUUACAUCGGUAGCUGAGACAGAUAUGUAUGUUGCAGCAGGUUUGAGGAUGCACUGCCAGUGUUUCCCACACACGCGGUAACUGCAACUUGCCAAAGUACAUUCACUGAUCAUUUAAGCCUUUUUUUUCUUCUUUUAUCCAAAGAUUUCUGCCUUCUAUUGAUAAACUAGUGAGUGAUUUCCCUCUUACUCUACUCCUGGCUAGUAGUCUCAACAGUCACAGGUAACAGUGAAACAUUAAAACAAAGCAUCAGCCUCUGCUGAUACACCAAACCUUUUUGUUUGUUUGUUUUUUUAUUUUCUUUUGCAGUCGCAGUAAAAUGGACAAUUUUAUGGAGCAAUGUUAUCCCUUAAACUUAAAAACAAACAGUGAGUGUAUCAUUACAUCCCAAAUACAGAGUCAGUCUGAAAAAUGUCUAAAUAAUUUCAAUAUUUUGUACUUUAUUAUUAGAGAAAUUGUCUCAUAAUGACAUAGGCUCUUAUCUUUUCAAAGUAUUCAGAUGAAUUUGAAAAACAGGGGUUUAUUUGUGUCUUGUUUGUUGUACAAUCAUUGAAAAAGUGAACAUUUUGGCAUAGUGUUAUUUUUAAGAAGCCAGUAUGAGCUGUACUCCUCUUAAAGAUAGAAAAGACAGUCUUCACUUUUGGAUUAGGUGUGUUGGAUGUACAGUAGGCUUGGACAGAUUUGAUAGUUUUGUGCCAUAAAUUUUCAUUUGUAUUAGUUCUUUGAGCAAAGUUAAAAGUGUGUGAUACAAUGCAGGACUGUUGAGGUUACGAGUCGCCAUCAGCUGAAGGUAACUUUCUAUCCCAGUGACACCAGGUAUUUAAAAAUCUUGGAAGUCUGUGACUUCUCAGUGUUUACUUAUACUUAGAUUUGCUUAUUACAAAACUGUGAUUGUAAUGCUGUACUGAGAAUGCCAGGCUAUUUAUUUACAUGGUGAAAUGAUUUCACUCUAAUAAACGUGUAUGUUUGUAUUCUAUUAGGUGCCACAUCAACCAGGAGUAAUUUAUUUUUAAAACCAUGACUAAACUGAACAUUCAGUGUUUUGGCAUUUCAGAAGUAACAGGUUAUUUUAAAGACUAUAAAUGAACUGAAAAUAUGUAUCACUGCCUUCUAUUCAUGUAAUUUGUUUUUCAUUCAUGAUUUUGAACAAGUACCACAAUAAUGCAAACUUCGUGUAUAAAACAAGUUUGAAGUCUCAGUCAGUGCUGCAGGUCAGAUGUGGAUUAUGUUUCAUGUGACAUUUUGUAGCCAAGCCAUCAGAUUGAAGGGAUGGCGUGUGAGCCGUGACGCAGAUUCCUCUGAUGUUUUCCUUUAAUUAUUGCCUUUACUGUUUCACUCCACAUCAGUUGAGCUUGUUGUGUUGGUUUUUUUAAUGCAGUAUAUACAAGGGAGCAUAAAGUCCUUCUUAAAGAUAAAA